UGUCAUAUAUGUAUCUGCUAGUUACAUAAGUCAUCAGAUAGAUCGAUAGAUAGAAUGAUCCAUGACCUCCUCACGCACUUCUACUUUCUCUUCUCUGAUUAGCUUCUUCUGAGAGUUAGUUAGAUCCAUCGGCGUGACGAACGCUAUGAUGCAAUAUAAUAUAUAGCAAUAAGCUAAGAUAUCUGCAGUCAGCUCAGCUCAUGGAGGGAAGUACCAAAGAAUUAUUGGAGUACUCCAGCUCUACUACGGAUCAUCAGCUGCAGUCGUCGUCUGCCGAGGCGGAGGAUGCUGCUGCUGCCGCCGCCGAUGUGCCUCACGACGGGAGCUCCAGCAAUAAUAGCAGCACGGUGGAGCUGGAUGAAGCCGGUGGCGGCGGGGACAGCAGCAGGAAGACCGCCGCCUCCCCGUCGUCGGUGCGCCCCUACGUCCGCUCAAAGAACUCUCGCCUCCGCUGGACGCCGGAGCUGCACCACUGCUUCCUCCGCGCCGUCGACAGGCUCGGCGGCCAAGUUCGUGCAACUCCCAAGCUCGUUCUUCAACUCAUGAACGUUAAAGGCCUCAGCAUAGGCCAUGUCAAGAGCCACCUCCAAAUGUAUAGGAGCAAGAAGAUUGACGACUCGGGACAGGUGAUAGGUGGUUAUUCAUGGAGAGAUGAUCAUCAUCCGUUGCAACAAGAGGGGGGGCAAGUGUACAACCUCGGCCAUCUUUCCUGCUUGCAUCACGGCCAGACUACUGGUGCUGCUAGUACGACUACCCUAUUGUCAGCAAGGUUUGGUGCAUGGCCCCAUCAUCAACCAUACUGGCUUCAUGGUCACCAUGUUCUUGGAUCCAAACCCUACUACUCAUCAGCAGCUGAAGCCGACCCACCAUUCCUUAGAACACGAGCUCAUUAUGGUACUGGAGCUUCGAUUCUUCAAGGGUGUUCAUCAUAUCAAAAUGACCGAUCCAUGAACAAUCAAAUACGACUGUCGCGCGAGGAGGAUAACAACCACCAUGAUCCUCUUGAUCUCGAACUCACAUUGGACAUUGGGCCACGGCAGGAUAAUAAUAAGAGAAUAAAGAGAUCAGGUUCUAGCUGGGGCAGAGAAGACGGUGAGGAGAAUGCGAGGGAUCCACAAGUGGAGAGUGCUACCGAUACUGGGCUCUCUCUUCUUUCUUCUCAUCUCAUCCUCCUGCGAGGACCAGUAGUGGCAGCAUUGUCCUAGGUGCCAGUAUGGAUAAAGAAAAAGCUCAUCCAACAAGGACAAGUACUCUUGAUCUCACCAUAUGAUCAAGUGCGGUGUGGUGGUAUCUUGUGGUACUUGUCCAUGUAUGUAGAGGAAGACACGUAUGCAUAUAAUACAUAUCUCAGAGCUAUCAAUUAUUUAUACAUA